AUGUCCAGCGGCGCACUGCCCACGGACGGCUCCCACACGUUCCGUCCAAAGAUCAAUAGACACAGUCGUCGCCUCACGAGCGGCCUCCUCUCUGUGGAGGAGCGCCAGAAGUAUGACAUUGCACGACGGGAGAGCCACCACCGCGAACUCGUGGCCAGGAUCGAGGAGGAGCGUCAACUCUUCGAGACAUUCAGGCCCGCCACCAACCGCCGCAGUGCGAGGCCCAGUGGCGUGGGCGGCGGAAGCAACGGUAGCUUCAGCGGCGGUCAACCAGCGCUCAUACCAAAGACAAAGCCAGGGGAUCCCGAGGAAACGUUCCGGCCUGUCAUCAACGCCAAGAGUCAGCGCAUGAUGACGGAUGGUACUUGGCAGAGUUCCCAGCAACAGGCGCAGGAGGUUCGCCAGCGCGUGCAAACGCUGUGGCGCUCCCACGCAGAUAUUGGCAGUGGCGAAAUCACACUGGGUGGANGCGCAGGAGGUUCGCCAGCGCGUGCAAACGCUGUGGCGCUCCCACGCAGAUAUUGGCAGUGGCGAAAUCACACUGGGUGGAGUGUACGCGGCGCUCAAGGAGUUGGGGCUUCAGCCGCCAUCCCCCAUGGUUGA